ACACGGUUCUGGGGGAACUUUAGCUAAAAAGUGCUUCUUCGCAUUCCCUCAUUUUGUCUCGAAGAUUCCAUCAAAAUGACGGUAGCGCAACAAUAUUCCCUGAAGUGGAAUGAUUACACUACAUAUAUUACAGGCGCCUUCGACGCGCUGCGCUACGAGGAGGAUCUGGUCGAUGUAACGCUUUUUUGUGAAGGACGUAAAAUUCGCGCCCACAAGGUGGUUCUGUCCGCAUGCAGUGCCUACUUUAAGGAUAUCUUCAAAGAGAACCCUGCCCAGCAUCCAGUGAUCAUAUUCAAAAAUGUUAAGUACAGCGACCUUAUGUCGUUGGUAGAGUUCAUGUACCAGGGCGAAGUGAGCGUCCUACCGGAGUCGCUAUCCUCAUUUCUGCAGACUGCCGAGAUGUUGUCGAUCCGCGGUUUGGCCGACUCGAGCAGCGACCAGCAUCAUCAACAGCGUGCGACGCGCCAUCACCAUAUUCCCAAUACAACGUCCUCCUCGUUGGGCCAGCAAAUUCUGCAGUCCCAGUCCCAGCAGAAUCUAGCAGCUAGUGCAACCGUAACGGCCGAGCCCGUGUACUUCACCUUACCGUCGAGUUCUUCUAUCGUACCACAGUUAAAGAUCGAACAGCAACCUUCUGCAGUAUCGACCUUGCAUACACCUGGGCAUUUGGUGAACAAAAUCACGCUAAAAAGUACAGACAUUAGCAUUCCAAUCGGACAAUCGCAACCACCGCAGCAGCAAACGCCACAACAGCAACUGCAGCAACAGCAGCAACAGCAGCAACAGCAGCAACAGCAGCAACAGCAGCAACAGCAGCAACAGCAGCAACAGCAGCAACAGCAGCAACAGCAGCAACAGCAGCAACAGCAUCAACAGCAGCAACAACAGCAACAGCAGCAACAGCAGCAACAAAAGCAACAGCAGCAACAUGUGACAAAGAUUCAGCUUAAGACUCAAUCUACCCCGAUCGCCAUUGCACAGCGCUCGGCCGUUGGAACGCAACCUCAAACGCAGAUAGUAACUGAACAAACCAACCAGGCGAACUCGCUGCAGGAGCUGGUGGAUAGCGUAGUGACGGUCCAAGGCGCGAAAAAGACGAAGUGCCUAGUGAAACCAAAACCGCAAUCGACGAAACAAACGGUGGCCACCACCUACACCGAAACCACUCCGGGAGCAUCGAGUCAAUCGGACAAUGGAAUUGAGCUGUACACCGGGCAGAGCGGGAAUGAGCAAGUAACGGCCUACACAGAUUCCGCGAACAACGAUGUCAAAAUUGAAAUAUCCGAGUUCAUCAACGUUAACGAGGGAAUCAAUCCCAGUAGCGGCGAUAGUGGUACCUACACACAGCAAGAAAGCUUCGAAAUGGUUGACGAAAAUAUAACUGAGGACCAGGACGAUAAAAUUGAGCAGAACGGCUUCGAAAUGGAAAUUGUCGAUAUGAACGGAAUGUUCCAAAGUGAAACAGGCGAAGACUCGGUAAAAGCGGACAUUCUGGACGUACUUUUGGCCGGUCGUUCGAAGGAUGAGAAGAAGUUCAAAUGCAAAGAAUGCGACAAAGCGUUUGUUACAUGGAAGUCGCUAGCCAUGCAUCGACAUAUUCAUAGGGGAAAUACCAAGUGCCAAAUCUGUGGUGCUGUCCUUUCGCGCACAGCUAAUCUUAAGAGGCACAUGAAGCUCAAGCAUGAACCAUAGGGAGUAUUAGGGAGAUAAAGGCGGAUGAUUGCAUGCCAGUAAAAGCGCAUUUGUAUGAGAAUGUCCCCCCCCCCCCCCAAAAUGCCCUCUUUACCGUGCGUGUGUAUGUGUGCGUUUGAAUAUACUCACCUAUUAUAUUUUAAAUAGUAUUCUAGCGCCGUACUUGUAAACUAGUCGGGGCAACCAGAAAACAAAAUAAUUUCAUGGCGCAAUGCUAUUUACCGGCGGAUGAUUCACAGUUUGACACUAAAAUGCAAAGGACUAAUCUUUUCGUUAAACUUAAUCGACGGGAUUUAUUGUUAUAGAUCAGAUACACUAGCGAUACUUUUGCUACACACUAGUGAAGAGUGUUAAAUGUAGUCAUUUAAUCGAAAGACUUUUAAUUAAAAAAUUGAAUUCUAAUUAAAAAUAAUG